CUCUAGGCCGUGCUGUGUGCAAGGUCUCUGUUCAGAUCCGUCCUGCUGUUUGGCACUCUGGGCUACCUCUCAGAGCCAGACUCUGAAGAACUAAAGGGCUCUGAAGCCGCUCAUGAAUCCCCGAAAGAAAGUGGACUUGAAACUUAUCAUCGUUGGUGCACUUGGUGUGGGAAAGACCUCUCUCCUCCACCAAUAUGUACACAAAACAUUUUUUGAGGAAUACCAGACCACCCUGGGGGCCAGCAUCCUCUCCAAAAUUAUCACCCUGGAUGACACCACUUUGAAGCUGCAGAUCUGGGACACAGGUGGUCAAGAGCGAUUCCGCUCCAUGGUAUCAACGUUCUACAAAGGUUCCGAUGGCUGUAUCCUGGCAUUCGAUGUCACAGAUCCAGAGUCUUUUGAAGCCCUGGGUAUCUGGAGGGAUGACGUCCUGGCAAAGAUCAUCCCCAUGGAGCAGUCAUAUCCCAUGGUGGUGCUUGGGAACAAAAUUGAUCUGGAAGACAGGAAGGUACCCCUGGAGGUGGCCCGUGGAUGGUGUAAAGAGAAGAACAUGCCUUACUUUGAAGUUAGCGCCAAGAAUGACAUCAACGUAGUACGAGCCUUUGAGGUUCUGGCCAGCCGGGCUCUGUUGAGGUACCAAGGCACCGUAGAGAAUCACCUUGUGGAAUCCAUCAAGCUCUCGCCAGGCCAACCAAGGAGCAGAUGCUGCUGACUCCUGGACUUGUCCUUCGGACCCUCGCUGGCAGCUGUGCAGGCCACUCAUUCCAGGCUCAACCCCACCAGCUCCCUGCAUGCCCUUACUGAGCUAGAAGGCUGCAGCAAGAGAGUGUCGCAGGCAAAUCCUGGCCCCAGGGAAAGCACAGGAGACCCGAUGGCUUCAGCUCUUCCAUCUCCUCUCCCCUGACACAGUCCUGCUCACCUCUGAUGACAGGCAGCUCCCUUGAGCCCUGUG